GCCUGUUGUCCUUUACCAUUCAAUUGCAAUACCUUUGCUUGUAGAAAAUUUGUCAAAAAGCUCAUGUGUGAAAGAGAACUAUUGAAAUCGGUAAAAAGCAAUGAUUUGUUUUUGGGAAUCUGCUAGCUGGAUCAUUGGUUUAAUCGGUCUUUAGAUUUCUUGAACUUUUUGUUUGAUUAUUUCACUCCGACAACCAUAAGUACUUGAAAACUCUAUGAAUUUACCUUCAUCAAUUCCCAACAGGAUUAUUUUUUUUAGAGAAACGUGACGAUAUUGGUUUGUUUACUUUACCCAAAUUCAAUUUGUGAUUUAAUUUCCUCAUAUUAGGCUAGGGGCAACACCUUCUAUACUCCUUUUUUGUGUGCAUAUAUGCGGUUUUUCAAUCAUUCAACCAUACGGUUCAGUACAGGGACGGACCUCUAUGUUUCGAGUUCUCUACAUUGAAGUUAACAAAGCUAUAACGAACACUUAAAUUUAUUGUUUGAUGACACACAGUGAAGCAGAUUCUGGUGAAUAGAACGUUUCAUUUCGUUAUAUAACCUGUGUAGAUCUGGUUUGCCAGGAUCUUUCGUCGGCAUUUGCUACCCAAAAUCCUAAAUGGAGUAGAAACAAAGAAACUUUUCCACUGUUUACGUCUAUAUUAAGAACAAAAUUAUGAAUGUAUCUUACGAUUGCUCAAUUUAAAAAGGAAAAGCAAUUCUUCUGCCUUUACAAUGCUACUGUUUCUAAUGGCACUAACAAGGUGCACUGUUAGCAGGAGGAUUAGAAGCAACUAAACUAACUCAUUUUAAGUAUACCACGUGUAUUUUCAUACUUUAAACUUUCGUUAAAUUCAUCUCAUGGUGACGGAACGACACAAAAAAAAUUUGAUUCAAAUUUACGUUGAGCAGUCACAGUGUUUCGAGGCAUAUCGUAACAAACUUAAGCCUGACCUACAGGAAACGUCUGAAUUGUAAAAAAACAAGACAGAACGGUUUUGACGAAAAGAGCAAGACCAAAAGAUUUGAAUUUAUAAUGGGUCCAAAAAGGAAUACGAAAAUGAGCCUCACCGCCUUCUUGGGUGAUGAGCAAUUUGGCUCGACUAGCUGGGCUGACGACGUUGAUGAUUUGCCUUCUUUGCCUCAAGAACGUCUUGGCUUCCGUAAUAGCCCUUCUGUUGCAGAAGCUCCUUCUUCUACUUACGAACCAGCCGGCAGGCCUAUGGCAGGCGAGGGUCGCCGCGACAUGGGCUUUCAACGCGAAGCCGUGCCCAUUCCCACAGAGCCUCCUUUCACCGCUUACGUCGGCAACUUGAGCUUUGACUUGACGGAAGCCGAUAUUGCCGACUUCUUUGGUGAAGGUGUCACCAGCGUCCGCCUUGUCACUGACCCCAUGACUGAGCGCUCUCGUGGCUUUGGCUACGUCGAAUUUGAGACUGCCGACCUUUUGAGCUCCGCUAUGGCUUUAUCUGGUGAAAACCUUAUGGGACGUGCUAUUCGUAUUACUGUCGCAGAGCCUCGUCGUGCUGCUGCUCCUCGUGAUGAUCGUACUUCCGGAGACUGGGUUCGUCGUGGUCCUCUUCCUCCUCCCGAACGCAGAGACAGUGGUUCCCGUGAUGGCUUCAUGAAACGCCGCGCUGUACGUGAUCCUGCACUUGAAAGCCCUCGUGAGAGUCCCCGUGAGGAGCGUGAUUGGGUUCGUCGCGGUCCUAUGCCCUCUCGUGACCCUAGCACGCGUCCUCGUCUUAACUUGAAGCCUCGUUCUGCUGCGAAUGAACAAUCGGAGGUUUCUUCGACAACCUCAAAUCCCCCUACGAAGCCUAAGUCCGAUCCUUUCGGUGGUGCUAAGCCAGUUGACAAUACUCCAGUGCUCAAGCGCGUUGAAGAAAAGCUUGCUAAGCGCACUCAGACCGUCCGUCGUGACAGUGCAACUUCUACUAACGAUGCUCCUAGCGAGAAGAAAGAAGGCGAUUCCGUAGAAACUGUUGCUGAACAACUAUCAGAGGUUAAAGUAACUGAUCAAAAGGAGCCACCUGUGAAUACUGAAGCUGAAGCACCAAAUACUGUGGAAGCUGCCCCUGUUGCCGAAGGAGAAGAUGAAGGUUGGACAAAAAUAGGAAAGGGUCGUAAGUUUUAGACAAGCCAUUUUUUUGGUUCCUUUUUGAUAUAAUAUUGGAAGUAAUGAUCAUAACUUGUUUCUGGUUUCUGAAUUAAAAUACAAUUGUUUCGUUGAUCAAUUUGACAUUCACCGGCGUAAUAUAUACCUGACUGUAUGAUGCAUUUCGAGUUUUUGUUGAAUUUACUUCAUUUUCAAUCUACGUAACGACAGCAGAUAGAGAAACCAUUUUGAACUGUCAAAUUUUAUACAAAAGGACAUUUAACAUUUCCAUAACAGCAUGAAAGAUAAAAUGCUCUUACAGAUCAAUUCUAUUACUUGAAUGUACUAAUGAAUCGGCUACUACUACUACUAUAUACAACACAAGAGCAGCUUCUAGAUCUAAAGUAAGUAUAUAUUUGUGAUUUCAUAAAAUGAAAUUAAUGAUCUAAAUUCGGAA